AUCUAGCCGUGAUUGUGGGCGUCAUCUAUGAUUCGCGAGGAAACCGCUCUAGCAGCGAAGCCUCCGGAGCUUGUCGCUCACCGGCGCCGAGGAUGGCGCUUCUCCCUUUUGCCUUCGAGGAGUCGGUCUUCGAAGAUGAGGAGGGCGGCGGGGCGUCCAGGGCUGGCGGCCCCCUUGCUUCUCCUUACAGCGCCCGGUGCUGCGAGCCCGAGUGGUUUUGUGAACAGGUAGACUGCCAGGACGAUCUUGAAAGGAUCAACAUAAAAAAGUUCAGAGGAGAUCUGGCGUAUAAGAAACAAGAAUUUCAGAAGGCCCUUCAGGAAUAUUCCAGUUGCCUUGCCCUGGUACCUUCCAGUAAUAUUGCCAUGAGAAGAGAUUUAAAAGAGAGUCAGGCCCGCUGUUUAGCUCAUCUGGGGAAACACGAGGAAGCCAUGAGAAUUGCAGAAAACUUGAAAAACGGGGCAACGAAUACCGACCAUGUAACAGCCGUACUUAAUCUGCAAUACGCCAUUUAUCGCCUUCUGGAGGACAUUGAGAACGUAAUCGGGUGCUUGCAAAAAUUGAUCUCGCUGCACCCGUUUCAUCCACAAACUUGGAAUUUGCUGGCUGAAACUUACCUGAGUUUGUUGCAAUUCCCGGUCCCCUUAUCUUCUGGAACCAAAGCCCACCUGUGGCAAAGCAAUGGCUUAAUUGCAGGCAGCUGCCUCCGGGUAUCAUCCCAAGAAGUCAGCAUUGUAUGUCAUCAGACACAGAGCCUGAGGAAGGAUGGUCCUUUGUCAUGUACCAUCCACACCAACGACAGCUUUGGGCCUUGUGUGGAAUUGCAAAGUGUACAGAGACCUGUUUGUGCCCUGGAAAAUUCAGGGCCACGACCCACAAUGAAGAGAGCUCCCUUAGGGGAGAGAAGGUUGAAAGACACGUGUGUCUAUGCGUGUGCCUCCUUUGUUAGAGCCAGGCUUUUGUUUCAGCUUAUGCAGUUGACACAGUCGUCUUUUGCUUUAGAGAAUAACCUGAAAAUGCAACGGGAAAUUGAAGACAAAAUUAGAUUUUUUGAAUUGGAGGCAGAUACCUUGUCCUUGAUGACCGAGGUUAUGGGAGAAGAUCUUGUCCCGGAAAAGCUGAAAGGAGAAGCUCAGGAAGAGGUGAAAUGCUUCUCUGCUGCAGCCUUCCCAUCCAUCCUGACUGUAUCCACCGUGGAGUUUGAAAGAAAAUGGUUCCAGAAACUCCAAGGUUGCUUUCAUCACAUGGACUGUCCCACCUAACACCAUGUGGCUGCACUGAAGAGCUUCUUCAGUUUUUCGGUCCUGUUUAUCCCAUCUGUAUUUUAACAGAGCUGGAAGGGACCUUGGAGGUCUUCUAGUCCAACCCGCAGGAGACUCUGUGCCAUUUCAGACAAAGGGUUUAGCUUGCCAAGAGAACAUGGGAACAGGAACGGAGCCUUUCAUUGUAGCUCAUGCAGUUCACACUGGAGUGUUUUUACCAUUGGGAAGGAUGAGCCCCUUCGUUUGAAGAUCACCUUAACAUCCGGCCCUUCUUAUACCUGUUUUCGCCAGCUGUGCUGCCAUCACUGUUUCUCCAUGGAUCUUAACCUACCUUCCUCCCCAUCUUGAGGCUCAGUAACUGGAUCUUGUCUGUAUUUUAUUUAUGUCUUCGAGGUUUUGUAUAGUUUUGAUCUUUUUUCAGAUUGCAAGCUUCCCAAAGUUACCCUGUGGUAAGAUGGAUGGCCAACAAGUUUGCAAAUAAAUAAAUAAACGUGUCAAAAUU